AUGGUGAGAUACUACUACCCGCAUGAAUCCGCCUUGCGCUCACUGCUGCGAUGGCACUAUACCUUGACGUCGAGUGUCUUCAGCAUGGCCGAGUUCUGGCUAUACUUGACGGCAGCAGGGGGGGUCAUGUUUCUCAUGGACACGGGCUACGUCCACUUGCCUGCAGGCGUAGCUGGCCUCGACGUCUUCAAGCUCCUCAGCCCUCAGCUGUCAAUUACCAUCUUCGCAGUAGUCUUCUACAACAACCAGUGCUAUUCGCGGUACAUGAGUUUGUAUCAGACAUGCGUGGAGAUCGAUGUGAGUGCCAAGCAAUUUGUGUCAGAGCUGGUGAUCCACUUCGGUGACGAGCCACAGCUUGCAAACCACAUUGUGCAAGCAAGCAAGUAUGCCAUGGCUGGGAUCUUCUAUUUCUACUUGUCCAUGGAGGACAUUGAGCCCAUGACAGACACCUGGCGAGUACUCCAAUCAAAAGGCUUGCUGACGCAGGCCGACGAGGACGCCGUUCGCGAGUUUCCUGGGACGAUUUUUACGCUUCUGCUCCAUUGGUCCAGCUACAUCGUCAAGGACGCGGUCAGGAUCCUUCGGCCCAAUGCGGGGGCGAAGACCUACACUCCCCCGGAGCUGUCGGCAAUGUCGAAUCGUAUGUACAACAUGAUCGACAACAUGGCUUCUUCGGCUCUUCGGGUCAGGAGCAUACAGAACAUGCCGGUCCCGUUCUCGUAUUUCCAUCUCCUCAACAUUCUGAUCUCCUUAACCGUCUUUGCUACAGGCAUCGGAUGCUUGAUCCUCGUAGAGGCACACGACGCACCUUCCUACUGCCUGGCCUUCCUCCCGUAUUCAGUGGUAACCUUCGUUCUGCUCGCUCUCCGCCAGCUUUCAGGAGAACUGGCAGAUCCGUUUGGCAAGGACGACCUCGACUUUCCUAUUGCCGACUUCAUGCGACAUAUCUACGACAAUGUCGUGGCACUACAAACCUUCUCGCGCCACCAAACUUGCCCUGGUGCAGCUGCUGAAAGUCUGGGAGCCUGUGACUUCUUCAGCCCUGGUCAGAUUCGACACCCCUGCCAGGAUCAAAAAUCAGAGCGCAAGGAAAAGACAUCCUGGUUUGCCAGUAUGCUGCCCGCACAACGGCGAAGCCGCAGAUCGAUGGCUUUCAAGCUGCUGCCUGAAGAGGAAGCAGCAGCGUAUGGCCCGAGAAACUGGGUCACACCGGAAGACUUGAAAGGUGGAGAGCGGUUGGCGAAAUGGUCCGAGCGUCUUCUUCAAGACGGCAACGAAAAGCAGGGCUUGAGCCCGUCGGCCGUGCAGCUUGAGACGAAGGCUGGUGGUCCCAAGGCUCAGCUGGUGGGCUUGCCGGCGGAGAGCACGACAGUUCCAAAGGAGAAGAAGGAGGAAGUCAAGGACCAGGGUCCAAAGCCUGCUGCGAGCCCGACGGCUCUGCAGGAUGCGAACUGCAUCGAUGCGCUCGGGCGCAUCGAGGGGAGGAUGGGGGAGCUGCUCGCGUGCAUGACUGAGCUGGCCGGGAACCUCAAGGACCUGGCGCAGAGCCCGCAGAGCGAUGUGAAGAAAAAGGAUGCGCCACGCACAACGACGGCCGUCAAAACGAAGGCCAAGAAGGAAUCAAGCGCGCCUGCGGCCCAAGCGACCGCAGGGGAAAAUCUCCAUCAGCUACGUCUUCUUCGUGGUGUGAAUUGUGGGUCGCAGCACUCCGCUCUGGUGACACAGGACGGCAAGCUUCUCACCUUCGGUACCGGCUGGUUCGGACGACUGGGACAUGGAGACAUGAAGAAUGAGUAUGUUCCAGCGCUUGUGCCAAUGUCGACGCACGUGAAGGAAGUUCACUGCGCUAUGUACCACACGUGCAUCGUAGACUCAAAGGAUCAUCUCUGGGUCUGUGGAAGGGAUUCGUCUCUGUGCAGAGAUGCGCAGAACCACGUGCUGUCGCCGACUCUUUUCGAGCCGUUCCAGCAUGAGGGGGAGGUAGCAGUGUCCAUCCCGGGCCUGCCCCAUGUGCUCCUCAAAGUGCAUACGGAGAUACCUGAGAAUAGGCAGAGUCAGAUCCCUUUGCUCCUCCAGCUCGUCCAGGCGGACGUGGGGCACUCCAAGGUCGCGGCUCGAGCUUGCCGCAGCCUUCACUGCCAGUUCUCUGUGCUGGGCUCGGGGCUCGCGAGCCUCCAAGAAGAGGCGGCUCAGGAGAUUUCAGCGGAGGAUGAGGGUCCUGAAGAGCCGGUCUACGACCUUGAACCUUCAGUGCUCGGGGCCCCGCCUGACCUCUCCUUUAUGAUUGAGGAGGUCCCAUCUCGCAGCAGCUCCUCGCUAAUUAUCCACCACCGGCUUGGCUCGGAGUCGCACUACCAGGCAGUUCUCAAGCUGGUGGAAGAAUAUCUUCCGAAGUUCGACAUCUACAACUGCGCAUCUGCACUUCACAAAUUCGGGUUGAACUCUCGGGAUGACGAGUUGGCGACAAGGCAAAUCCAGUCGGAUCCCAACUUUAUUCGGCUUUUCUCCGCCACGAAGAAGCGGGCCCUGGAGAUCGAGACUGUCGCAAAAGUGGAGCCUCGGGUGCUCUCCUCUAUCCUUUGGGCUUGUGCCAGGCUAAAUAUUUACGACAGCGAGCUUACGAAAGCUGUGUCUGAAGAUGCUCAGUCCCGGAUGAAUCAGUAUUCCCCGCAGCAGAUCGGCAUGAUCAUGUGGGCCAUGGGUUAUUCCGGAGUUCGGCCCAGGCCCAGCUUCAUCAAGGCGCUGAUUACAGAACUCCAAGGUCGACCAGACUUCGACAGUCACACCUGCAUGAUGAUCACUUACAGCUGCAUGCGCUUGGGCAUCCGUGACAAGCGAGUUAUGGAGGCCGUAGGUCGAGUCAUUAUCGACUCCAACUUGGAGGACUCCGAACCCUUGGAGGUGGCUUGCUACUGCUACGCCUAUGGCAAGCUCGAGUAUUGGGAGAAGGGGGCCUUCUCCGUCAUCGCAGACCGUGUCCUCGUUCUUGAAGGCUUUGAUGAAACUAUGGACAAGUUGAAAGUCAUGAUCGAAGACCGCUUGGUUGACUUCAACCACCGAGAUCUGUCCACGAUUGCUUUCGCUGUCGGCAAGUUCAGCAAGAACACUCAAGACAGAAGAGUGGCCAUUGAAGGCCUGGAGGUAUCGACUGACUGGUCCUCAGCAUCUGCGGAACUCGAGAAGGAGAACCCUCUCGUGCGAGCCCUGAAAGACGAGGUGAUCAGACGGGAUCUUGAGUCCUUCACCAUGCAAGAGCUCAACCUUAUCACCUACUCGUUGAUGCGCAUGGAGAAUCGCGAUGCCGCCUUCCUGGAAAUUGCAGCUCGGCUGUUUGCCGAGAAUGCCGCAGAGCUGAUGGAGGUGGAGAUCCUCAAUAUCUUGUACUGCUAUGCCAAGUGCAACUACCUGAACAUGGCGCUUGUCCAUCGGAUGAUUCAGGAGCUGAUUCGGCGAAGCAGCUUCGAAUCUUUCGAGCCAUUGCAUUGGGCCAUCCUGUGCUACAGCCUCGCGUUCAGCAAGGUUCGGCACGAAGACGUGAUGGCUCGAGCUGCACUGGUUCUGUGCGAAAGGGUGCGGGAGUUCACAUCUCAGCAGAUUUCUAUGAUUAUGUGGUCCAUGGCCGUCCUGAACUGCCGCAACCACGCUGAAGUUCUCAGCUCUGCAGUGGCGGAGGAGCUCUCAACGAGGCCAGCUACGACCACGCCCUCCCUUGUCAUCACCAUGUGGUCCUGUGCCAUUCUCGCUGGGCCAGCUGCAGCUUUGCAUACAAUGAAGAUCCUGCUUUCAGACGACUUCUGGGAUCGCGAGCUUAGUCAGCUUCUCGUUUGCAAUGCUUCCUUUGGUUCGAGGCGACACUACACCAUGGUCUACUACCUCAUGGCUAGUUGGAAGGCAGAGCUUGGUCUCUCCGUGGAAAGCUUGCUUGGGCACACGGUUUGCCGGCGCUGUUACGAGGAGCAGACGGCUUUUUACAUGGGCGAACAGCAUCGGAGGCUGUCGGACCGCCUGCGGGUGCAGCAAAUCCCACACCAGGCAAAUGCCAUGGCACCUAUCCUUGACGGCUUUGGCGAAUCUGGUGUAAGGGUCGACGUUGCGAUCAACAAGCUGAAGUUAGUCAUCGAAGUGGAGGCUGCGAUGGGCUUUGGAAUGCACAAGACAGGGGCCACAGCGGAAUACCAUUCCCUUGGAAUUGCUGACAGCCAGGAAAAGCUCAUCGAGGAGGAUCAGCUGCGAAGCUUUUCGUCGGGGGAUAGAACCGACGUUCUGAGCCAGGCCAGAGAGUUUGUAGAGUGCGGCCUUAACGGGCCUGCAGCCUUCAAGCGGCGACUGCUCCGUUUCAUGGCUGCGAACUCCGCUAACGUGCUGAGAGUAGCGAGUGUGGGACGGCUCUUCAGCUCCGCACUCCUCCAAGCAAGGCCUUUGCGGCUGGAGGGUGGUGACGAUCUCUUUCGACGAGAGCACCUGGCGCCAAUAUGGUUGAGGGCCUCCCAAGUCUGUGCCACCGUCCUUGAGCCAGAGGGUGAAGAGUACAUAGCCGAUGCACUCAAGAAGAUGAUGAAGAAGGGGCAGGGCGACGAGCAGGGGACUGCAGCUCCAGCGUCAGACAGCUUCCCGGAAUCGGCUGCUUAUGAGUCGAUCCAAGAUUUCGAUCCCAUGUCCAUCGAGAAGCCUGAUCCCAGCAACAUCUCUGACUUCGAGGUGCAACUACGUGCUCUCCACGCUGAUGCUAUGAGAAAGCUCCGGAUUCAGCUCUUCGAGGAGCGAGGGGACGUAGCUUCUGCUGGCAGCUACGCGAACUUCCUGGAGUACCGGCAAUGGCAGGUCGGUGUCGAGAAGCAGAUUCUUGCCGAGCUCGUGGCAAGCAUUCAAGCCGAGGCCACAAAGCAGUGCCUGCCUAGCUUCUCGAAGAUGAUCCGCCUCAACCAGACGAUUUCAAUGCUGUGCAAGAACGAUCGCGGACAGCUUGGCUUACCUAGCGCCUCACCUGUCAUAGACCUGCCGUGGAGACUGCAGAUUCCAGAGCUACAGGACAUGCGCGAACGCCGUGGCCGUAACUACACGCUCACCCAGGUAGCCACAGGGGUGCACCACUCCAUGUGCAUCGCUAUGCUGGACGACCCGCGCGGGCAGCGCAAAGAGCCGCUUUGGGCCCUCGAGCCAGGUGUAGUGCCCUGGAGCGCUCUGGAGACCUGGAUCUCGGU